GAGGAGCUUAUAUAUGUUAACCUAAGCAGAGAAUCAUCUUUAUUUUUAAGUUUAGUCUGAUUUGCUUUUUGAGUAGAAAGUUGCUCAUCAACAGCUAUUGACAAUAGUUGCCAAGGUGAUGAUGACUUGCAUUGUGCCUGAAAAAACUUUUCACACUCUCUAAAGCAGAUUUCCUGUCCCUGAAUCUGAGACUACACUGAGAGAUGGAUUUUGAACCGUCAUCUUUGUACACCGUGAAGGUAAACUGCACGUCACCUUUGCAUUUUAAAGUUUCAGGUAGGUUGCUGACGACGCUGACCUUUUUCGCUGACAACGCUGUAAUUGUUUUGGAAAAAAAAAAAGAGAAGAAAAGAAAGAAAGAGAAAAAACAAAGCAGCCAUGAGGCUGUGAUCGCGGAUUGAGGCUAAUUACAUUAUCAGCAACCGCUGUUGCGUCAGAAGCGAGGCAGCGCGUGCCACCUGUUUGAAGUGUGUUAAACAUAAGGGUGAUCAAAAUCUCCGAAAAGUGACAAAGAUACAGCACAGAACUGAUAAUAUACAGAAUGUAGAAUCCAUUUAUCUCAACAGUCUAAAUGUAGUAGCAGUAAUUGGUGUAAUAGUGAGAAUAGAAGAUGUAGUAGUAAUAAUAGUACAGGUAUUUAGAAAGGUAGAACUAGAAGUAAUGGUAGUUGCAGAACUAAUUCCAGUUUUGUUUUGUUUUGUUUUUUUAACUGUAGAGACUGUUGUGUGUGACAAUCCCAGGAGACAUGCCACAGUCAGAGUCAGAGAUUUACAAACAGGAAUAUCUGAAUAGAUAACUUCCUUAUUUGAUUAGAUGUACAGGUAGUAGAAACUCUAAAGGCCUUUAGGGUCAUUGAUUCUCAAGACUAGAGUUGUCUUAUCCUACUGGAUCCAGAGGCUAUUGCAGGAACAGUGAACACAAGGUAUGACCAGUCCACUGCAUCACACACACACACACACACACACACAGAGACACUUUUAGUAGCCUAUCUACUUUCAUGAAUGCUUUUGGGAAGUGGGAGGAUACCUUGAUGAAACCCUCACACACACACACACACACACACAUUUAGUAGGCAAUGUACGUUCAUGAAUGUAUUUUGGGAAGUGGGAGGAAACCUUAAUGAAACCCUCUCUCUCUCUCUCUCUCACACACACACACACACACACACAUUUAGUAGGCAAUGUAUGUUCAUGAAUGUAUUUGGGAAGUGGGAGGAAACCUUAAUGAAACCCUCUCUCUCUCUCUCUCACACACACACACACACACACACACAUUUAGUAGGCAAUGUAUGUUCAUGAAUGUAUUUGGGAAGUGGGAGGAAACCUUAAUGAAACCCUCUCUCUCUCUCUCACACACACACACACACACACACACACACACAUUUAGUAGGCAAUGUAUGUUCAUGAAUGUAUUUGGGAAGUGGGAGGAAACCUUGAUGAAACCCUCUCUCUCUCUCUCUCUCUCUCUCUCUGACACACACACACACACACACACAGAACAGGUGAGAUUCCACACAGUCAGUAACCUACUCAUGUUCUUGUUUAUUUGUUGAAUAUUUAUUGUCAGUUUAAUAAAACACAAACAAAUGUGUAAGGUGUCCAAAGUUACCUCUUCCAAAACAUCUUGAUGAAUAUGUCAUGUCACUUGAUGGUGUGCAGCUGACCUAUUUUAAUCCAUUUGUCUGUCAGCCAAUCUCUUGCUGCCUAAUAUUAUGAAGGCGUUAUUCUUUAGCAGGGUUUUUUUCACAGCUUUUGCACAGCUGUGAAAGAAGGUGCUGGGUGUUGCUGCCACUUGUUUUUAGAGCAUUUGUAUUAUGUACAGGUCAAUCUUGUAGAAAAUGAUUUCAUAUUUUUUCCUCCUGCUGUGCACAUCUAUGGCUCUUUCAUCCAUUGAAGAUGAAUCUUGGCAGGAGCCCCUAAUAACUGCUGAAGUUGGAGACAGUGUAAACCUAGCAUGUCUAUGUAAAAAGCGAAUGACCACUAUUGUAUGGCUCAGACAAAGCCUUGGAGAGAAGCCUUAUGUCAUUGCCACAUCCUAUCAGUUCCAAUCUGCCAUGUUUUACAAUGAUUUUGACAAGAACGGACGCUUCAGUGCCACCAUCGGACCUUUCAGUUUUAACCUGAGCAUCUCAAACCUGAAGCUAUCGGACUCCGCCACUUACUACUGUGCUAUCACGUUUCUUUAUGACAUAACGUUUGAACAAGGAACAGUCCUGAUUGUGAAAGGUCAGUCAUUAAAGAGCAGUACACUUAUCCAGCCAAAAAAACUGGUGGGUUCAGGAGAUUCUGGGACUGAGUGUACACUCGUUACCGAUCGCUGUGCAGGAAAUCACAGCGUGUUCUGGUUUAGACACCGCUCAGGAGAAUCUCAGCCAGGCAUCAUUUACACUCAAGGACAAAGCAGUGAUCACUGUAAGAAGAGCUUCAGUGAUGGUUCUCUGACACAGUCGUGUGUUUACAGUCUCCCCAAGAAUCUCAGCCUGUCUAAUACAGGAACAUACUACUGUGCUGUGGCUGCAUGUGGAGAGAUACUGUUUGAGAACAAACUGAAUCAGAUUGUCACAGAUGCUCAAGUUCAGAUCAGGGUUUUUGUCCUUCUCUCCAUCGUAAGAUCAGCUGUGGUUGUCUUCGUAUUUACUGUUUGUCUACUCUGUAUCUGUAAACGUCAUUAACCAAAAUUGUUCACGUUUUUCUUUGUAAAGGUUUUUUUUUUGAUAAUAGCCUGUAUUUGUAAAGCUUUAUGACUAUGCUUAUGAUUCUUAACAAUUAACUGUAAUGUUAUGUUGACUUCUAAGGUUUUAAGUAAAAGAAAAGAGUACUAACCUCAUCAAUUGCAUGAUCUGCAACAUACUAAUUUGAUUGGAUGAGUGGUGUUCCCAAAGUACUGAUAUUUAGUAGAACUGCAUUGGUACAUUUUGUCUGUGUUUAGUACAUGAAAUUCCAGUGGUAGUAAUAGUUCGUUACGCUGAAACUGUUUCUACGUUUACUAUGGGAUGUGAAUCAUUCUGUCUCUAUUCAUCUGAGGCUUAACUGGGAAUCAUUUUAGGUGACGGAGCAAAAAUAAAUAAAAACAAUAGGCUGCAUUGUGUCUGAAAUGUCAAUUAAUUGAAGAUCAGCAUGGUUAUGAGUACCUACAGCCGAAUCACAGCCGUGCUAAUAUUCAAUUCAACAGCUGCAUACUACUUGUACUAUGUUGCUUAAAUGAUCUUGAUUCUUAAUUUCCUUUAUUCUUUAUUAGAGUGUGUAUUUCUGCUCACUCGUAAAUGACCUGUGUGUAAUUAUAACGUAUGGGAAAAUAGAAAAAAAUAA